AUGUCCAUCGCGGGCUUCCGUGUCUGGGAGAUCUGGAGCCUCGUCUCAGAAAAGAACGGCGAGGCAACUACCUUCGUUGACCAAUGUUGGGACCAGAAGCUGCGUGAAGUGGCUGCCGUCGAGUCUACCAGCUCUACGCGGUGGGUUAUCGAGGCAGAGAACGGAUUGGGGAAGAACCAGGACCCAGGAUGGGAGAAUGUCGUUGACCCCUGUGUUGAAACCGGAGUACAGGUCAUGAUGUCAAAGGUGAAGAAACCGUGUGAGGACCCUGACAAGUACUUGUUCCGGAACGACAUUCUUGGCCCAUCGGUGCACCAGGUGAUGGCCAUAGCAGUCCUCCAUGCGUUUGACGGCGUGUUGGUGAACGAGAAACUAUACAGAUGA